CCCCCCCCCCCCCCCCCCUCCUCUCUCUCUCUCUCUCUAUACAUGUUUUGUUCAACAAACCACACACGAUUGUAAUCUCUAUUUGCGAGAGCGCGAGUGGAUCCCGAUAGAAAUGGCAAUGGAGUCUAGCAACGUUCUGCUUGCUUCUUCUUCUGCCCUGAAAAUGGCAAGUGGAGGAGGAAGGAAUGGUCCAACUCUAGUUUGUGCUCCAAUCAUGGCGGAAUCGGUGGAUAAGAUGGUGGCUAAUAUGGAGAAGGCAAAACAAGGUGGUGCUGACCUUGUGGAGAUCCGAUUGGACAGUUUGAAGAGCUUCAAUCCUCAUGAAGAUCUCAAAAACCUUAUUAAAGAGUGUCCGUUGCCCACCCUAUUCACUUAUAGACCAAAAUGGGAAGGUGGUCAGUAUGAUGGUGAUGAAAAGAAGCGAUUGGAUGCCCUUCGAUUAGCCAUGGAGUUUGGAGCUGAUUACAUUGACGUUGAGAUUCAGGUUGCUCGUGAAUUCAAUGAUUCCAUUUAUGGAAAGAAGCCUGAAAAGUUCAAAGUCAUUGUAUCCUCUCACAAUUAUCUAGAUACUCCAUCUGUGGAGGACCUUGGCAACCUUGUGGCAAGAAUACAAGCAACAGGUGCUGAUAUAGUGAAGAUUGCAACAACUGCCGUGGAGAUCACUGAUGUGGCACGUGUUUUCCAAAUAACUGUGCAUUCUCAAGUAAGAAGCGUUCCAAUUAUAGGAAUUGUGAUGGGUGAGAAGGGUUUCAUCUCACGGAUUCUGUGCCCAAAAUUUGGUGGCUUUCUCACAUUUGGUACCAUUGAGUCAGGAAUAGUUUCAGCUCCUGGUCAACCAACCAUGAAGGAACUUUUACAUCUAUACAAUUUCAGACUGAUAGGACCAGAUACCAAAUUGUUUGGCAUAAUUGGGAAGCCCGUUCACCAUAGCAAGUCACCUAUUUUAUACAAUGAAGCAUUUGAGUCAGUUGGUUUCAAUGGAGUUUAUGUACCUCUCUUGGUGGAUGACGUUGCAAAAUUUUUCCAGACAUUCUCAUCUGCAGAUUUUUCCGGAUUCAGUUGUACAAUUCCUCACAAGGAGGCUGCUCUAAAGUGCUGUGAUGAGGUCGAUCCAGUUGCAAAGUCAAUAGGAGCUGUGAAUUGCAUUAUAAGGAGACCUACUGACGGGAAGUUAAUUGGCUACAAUACUGACUAUGUUGGUGCAAUUUCUGCCAUUGAAGAUGGACUAAGAGGUUCUCAUAAUAGUAACAAUACUGGUGAUUCACCCUUAGCUGGUAAGCUAUUUGUGGUCAUUGGUGCUGGAGGUGCUGGCAAGGCACUUGCUUAUGGUGCAAAAGAAAAGGGAGCACGGGUUGUGAUUGCAAAUCGCACUUAUGACCGAGCUAGAGAGAUUGCUGAUACUGUUGGAGGAGAUGCUUUAUCUAUUGCUGAUCUAGAUAAAUUCCAUCCAGAGGAUGGCAUGAUACUUGCAAACACAACAUCUAUUGGAAUGCAACCAAAAGUUGAUGAAACGCCCAUUCCUAAGCAUGCUCUGAGAUCUUACUCACUAGUUUUUGAUGCUGUUUACACCCCCAAAAUGACUAGACUUUUGAGGGAAGCAGAGGAAUCUGGAGCUGUAAUUGUUUCAGGGUUGGAGAUGUUCAUCGGACAGGCAUACGAUCAGUUUGAGAGGUUCACUGGGUUGCCCGCCCCGAAGGAACUUUUUAGGAAAACUAUGGCAAAUUACUAGAGGAGCACACCUUGCUGUGGGAAAGUUUAUUCCUCUCUCUCUCUCUCUCCCUCUCUCUCCCUCCCUCCCUCCUUUUUGAGGAACAGUUGGGAAUGGCAAUUGAUUACAAGCACACAAUGCAGUAACCUUGCCCAGAAGAAUCUCAAGGUAUUUUUGUAACUCUAUAUAUCUAUACUCUAACCAACUUAGAAGUUCAGGUUCUCAAAGCUUUCAAAGUUUUAUGAAAUUAAGUUUUGAGUUUUCCAGUUA